AUCGCGCCGAGUCUGUAGCGACUUUGGUCCAGCCCGUGUGCGCCAUCGAGGUUAAUACAAUGGUCCUGGUUCGAGCUUCAUGUUCGCAGAACACAGAUACAGCGAAGCCGAAACGCCACAUUGGCCGCCGGCGCCACCUCCCCUUCCCUCUGUUUCGCUGAAAUUCUCUCAUUUCCAAUCAUCAAGCCGAGUUGUGUCCUCCUAUCUCGCGUGCCCUAGAUUGGGCAAAUCCCAUUGCUUUACGGCAAGAUAUGGAUGCGGACAAGGACGCCUCGGGAAGGUUAUCUAGGGUUUCGCCACCUUUGUCAUUGGUUAAUCCUCCCAUCACCUCCCAACCUCAGCCUCAGCCAACUCUAGUGCCAGCCACGAAGCAGCGACAGAUGUUCACUGUCGAGUUGAAGCCAGGAGAGACUACUGUUGUUUCCUGGAAGAAGCUGAUUAAGGAGUCUGGUUCUGGUUUUGGGGAAGCCCUUGCCCCGAUGGAAAAUAAGACGGCGGUUGAGGCUGGACCCGUAGCUGGAGUUAAGUCAGAUGGGGAUGAUCUGAAACAUACAUUACAGGCUCCAAAUUGUUUUAGCGCUGUAAUUGAAAAGAUCGAAAGAUUGUACAUGGGCAAUGAAAGCAGUGACGAGGAAGAACUUGUUGCUCCAGAUGAUGAGCAAUAUGAUACCGAGGAUUCAUUCAUUGAUGAUACAGAAUUGGAUGAAUACUUUCAAGUUGACAAAUUGUCCACCAAGCAUAAUGGAUAUUUUGUCAAUAGGGGAAAGCUGGAAUGGAAGUAA